UUUUGGAAAUGAUCCUGCUGCCAGUGAGAAGAAAGUAAUGGUGAGUCAAUCUGCGGGUGAGCUGAAUAAACGCCACUCUAUAAAAGCUGAGCUGCAGAGAGUUGACCUAGACAGCGGUCGGCAGAGAGCAGGCAGUAAUCCGUGCAGAGCUGCCAAAGCCAGGGACAUGGAGAGGCUUCCCAUCCUGCUGUGGCUGUGCGUGGCGGCCUCCUCCGCCCACCCGCUGAAUGGAGCUGCCCGGAGAGAGGACAGCGGGAUGGAGCUUCUUCAGCAAUAUCUAGAAAACUACUACGACCUUGGAAAAAUUGUGAAACAACUUGUUAGGACUCCGGGAGAUAGUCCUGUUGAGAAAAAAAUCCAAGAAAUGCAGAAAUUCCUUGGACUGAAGGUGACAGGAAAGCUGGAUUCUGACACUUUGGAUAUAAUACGCAAGCCCAGAUGUGGGGUUCCAGAUGUUGGUCAGUUCACCCAGUUUCCCGGCAUGCCAAAGUGGAGGAAAAAUGACCUUACUUACAGGGUUGUGAAUUACACACAGGAUUUAUCAAGAGAUGAAGUUGAUUCUGCCAUUGAAAAAGCUCUGAAGGUCUGGGCGGAGGUGACCCCACUCACAUUCUCCAGAAUAUAUGAUGGAGAGGCUGACAUAAUGAUCUCUUUUGCAUUUCGAGAACAUGGAGACUAUAUCCCUUUUGACGGACCUGGAAAUGUUUUGGGUCAUGCCUAUGCGCCUGGGCCUGGGAUUAAUGGAGACGCUCACUUUGAUGAUGAUGAGCUGUGGACAAAGGAUACAACAGGGACCAAUUUAUUCCUGGUUGCUGCUCAUGAACUUGGCCACUCCCUGGGUCUCUUCCACUCAGCUGACCCUAAGGCUUUGAUGUACCCCCUCUACAACUCCUUCACAGACCUGGCUCGGUUUCGCCUGUCUCAAGAUGAUGUGAAUGGCAUUCAAUUCCUCUAUGGUCCUCCUCCUGCCUCUCCUGCUGACCCUAAGGUGCCCACUGAACCUAGCCAUCAGGAGUCUGAGACACCACCAGCCUCAUGUGAUCCUGCUUUGUCUUUUGAUGCAGUCAGUACCCUGAGGGGAGAAAUCCUGUUCUUCAAAGGCAGGCAUGUUUGGCGCAAGUCUCUCAGGACUGCUGAACCUGAGCUUUAUUUGAUCUCUGCCUUUUGGCCAGCCCUUCCUUCAGGCCUGGAUGCUGCUUAUGAAGUGACUAGCAAGGACACUGUCUUUGCUUUUAAAGGAAAUCAGUUCUGGGCCAUCAGAGGGUUGGAGAUGCAAGCCGGUUUCCCAAAAAGCAUCUACACCCUGGGCUUCCCAGCCACAGUGAAGAAACUAGAUGCAGCCAUUUUUGUCAAGGAAAAGAAGUGGACAUACUUCUUCGCAGAGGACCAAUACUGGAGAUUUGAUGAGAAGAAACAGGUCAUGGAAGCAGGCUUUCCCAGAAAGAUAAGUGAAGACUUUCCAGGGGUGGAAAAGGUUGAUGCUGCUUUUGAAGCAUUUGGAUUUUUCUAUUUCUUCAAUGAGUCUUCACAGUUGGAGUUUGACCCAAAUGCAAAGAAAGUGACACACACUUUGAAGAGUAACAGCUGGUUUAAUUGUUAGGAAAGAUGUAUAGAAGGCACAAUAUGGGCAUUUUAAAUGAAGCUAUGAACUUUGCACCUAAAUCUUCGUGAACUGAAGCAGUUCGUGUUCUCCUGUGUAUGCAGCGACAGAACUCAAGUCUGAGCUGUGUAUCCCGCCGGGCACCUUCCCCUCAUACAGGGCAUUCACAGGGCUGCUGCCCACUGCACCUCAUCACAUGAGUCGGCUUCCACAUGGAAGGGGAGGGCUUGGGGCAACAGACCAGUGACUGUAUCUAUGUGGACUACUUGCUUAUUAUUUAAUAAAGAUGAUUUAUUGAUUAUUUAA